AACUUUGGCUAUCUUUUUCUUAGCUGCAGUUGUGCUUGUCUUCUCAUUAUGGUCGAGCGAAAUAGAGAUUAUAUUAGAGCUGCUUCUGCGGCCAGUAUUGACCAGCCAGUUAAUCCCCCUUUUGAGAAACUUAAUUAUGAAUCUACUGUUAACAACAACGAGCUGAGACCUACUUUUGCAGAUAAUUCUUUCCUCAAUUCAAAACCAGUUUCCUUUUUUGGAAGCAGUCAAAAUAUCUCUAGUUUUUGCGAAAACACCAACAUGACGGAUACUAAAAAAAAUAUAGUUUCCACUGUACCCGAAAGCUUAAAGCCUACGGAUUCUGCCAAAUUAUUGUUUCCAUCUACUGUAAAUGCCACUCCUUUUUCGAACAUUAAUCCGAAGCCGUCGUUUCCUGUUUUUGGUUUUCCAAGUAAAAAGGAUGAAGAUCUAUUGAAGUCUAAAUUCUACUCUCUCAAUUCUGCAAUCUCUAACAUUUUUAAAAAAUACCACGAAACUGGCAAGAUAUAUGACUUUACAAAGUCUUUUGAAGAUUACAUUCAACAUGCAAAAGUUAUUCGGGCCGAGAAAAUUUCCUCUACUGAUUCGUUGACAACGAAUCCAAAAAACUCUUUUUCCGUCGACUCCAGCUUGUUUGGUUCUUCUGCCUCAACCGCUUUCUCUUUUAGUAACCCAAGCAGUGCUACUUUUGGCUCACUUUCUUCCAGCGACCCUAAAACUUUUGGAAAUGUAUUAUCUUCAGUGCCUGAAGAGGAGCCCAUUGAAAAUCCCGAACAGUUGAAGCCGGUGAUUAGUGAAGAGCUAAUAAUAAAAGGAGAAGAAAAUGAAAAGAAUUUAUUUACAGCGAAGUGCAAACUUUUUGUGCUGUUAAUAGAAGCGGGCAAGGCACGCUGGGAGGAAAUUGGGCUUGGAAAUUUGCGUUUCAAUGAAUUCAUUGGUGGCCCAUACAAAGAUAAAAGAAGAAUCUACUUUCGCACUUUUACGAUGCAAAAAGUUAUCUUUAGCUCGUUUAUUACGCAAACUUUAGACCCGAAAAAGGAGAAGUCUAAAAGCGUUACUUGUGCACUAUGAAAACUGAAUCCGAGGCUUCUGACUUUUUUAAUU